GACAGCUACUUCGCACUGUUAUGUUGGUAACUGCUCGAUGCGCGACAAAUCGUUUUUCUUUUCGUCAUCCGGUGUUUGUGAAGUUCAGACCCGUCGCCUAACGCGUAAAACUGUUUUGGCAUCAUGGUUACCGCAAAGAAGCAGAAAAAAGCUUUAGAGAGCAUCAACUCUCGCCUGGCGCUGGUGAUGAAAUCCGGCAAAUAUUGCCUGGGCUACAAGCAAACCCUGAAAACUCUUCGACAGGGAAAGGCAAAACUGAUCAUUAUUGCUAACAACACUCCACACCUCAGGAAAUCCGAGAUCGAGUACUAUGCUAUGCUGGCAAAAACCGGUGUGCACCACUACAACGGAAACAAUAUCGAGCUGGGAACCGCCUGCGGAAAGUACUUCCGAGUUUGCACCCUGUCGAUUACCGAUGCCGGCGAUUCGGAUAUCAUCCGAACACUGCCGGAGGCUCAGGCUGCUGGACAGUGAGGCGAAACCGGUGGGCAAAGCGUUUGUUGACAUUCAAUAAAUGGUUUACGAUGUA